CAGUGAAAGAAGAGGAAGAGGUUUUUGGAGAGAAGGAGGAAGAGGAGGGGGAGAUGACUGUUACAGUGAAAGAAGAGGAAGACGUUUUUGGAGAGAAGGAGGAAGAGGGGGAGAUUACUGUCACAUUGGAGGACGAAGAAGAACAGAAGACUGGAGAUCUGAUUAACACCAGUGAAUACAGAGAGAGACCAGUCUGUCACUCUGACAGCGGGAAGAGUCCUUCAGGGGAACCAGACCCAGAGACGCCCAAACCAGCGAGACGACAUCACUGGUCCCAGUGUAAAAAGAGUUUUAAGUGGUUAUGGAAGCUGAAAAGUCAUGAUAGAACAGACACAGGAGGGAAGACUUCACAAUGUUCCCAGUGUGGAAAGAGUUUUACCCGGUUAGGGAACCUGAAAAGGCAUGAGAGAAUACACACAGGAGAGAAACCUUUCCAAUGUGCCCAAUGUGGAAAGAGUUUUACCCGGUUAGGGAGCCUGAAAGAACAUAAAAUAAUACACACAGGAGAGAAGCCUUUCCAAUGCUCCCGGUGUGGAAAGGGCUUUAGGUGGUUAGGGAACCUGAAAAAGCAUGAGAGAACACACACGGGAGAGAAACCGUUCCAAUGCUCCCAGUGUGGAAAGAGUUUUCCACAUUUAGGGAGCUUGAAGGAGCAUGAAAGGACACACACAGGGGAGACAUCUUACCAUUGCUCCCUGUGUGGAAAGGAUUUUACCAAGCUAAGGAACCUAAUAAAACAUACAGAAUUACACACAGGAGAGAAGCCUUUCCAAUGCUCCCAGUGUGGGAAGGGUUUUACACGGCUAGGGAACCUGAAGGAUCACAAAAGAGUACACACAGGAGAGAAACCUUACCAAUGUUCCCAGUGUGGAAAGAGUUUUACACGGUUACGGAGCCUGAACGAACAUAAAUUAAUACACACAGGAGAGAAGCGUUUCCAAUGUUCUCAGUGUGGAAAGGGUUUUACCCUGUUAGGGAGCCUGAAAAAGCACGAGAGAACACACACAGGAGAAAAGCCGUUCCAAUGCUCCCAUUGUGGAAAGAAUUUUACACAAUUGGGGAGCUUGAAGGUGCAUGAAAGGGCACACACAGGGGAGACAUCUUACCAUUGCUCUCUGUGUGGAAAGAAUUUUACCAAGUUAGGCAACCUAAAAAAACAUAAACAAUUACACACAGGAGAGAAACCUUUCCAAUGCUCCCAGUGUGGGAAGGGUUUUACACGACUAGGGAACCUGAAGGAUCAUAAAAGAGUACACACAGGAGAGAAGCCGUUCCAAUGUUCGCAGUGCGGAAAGAAUUUUACAUGGUUAGGAAACCUGAAAAAGCACGAGAGAACACACACAGGAGAGAAACCGUUCCAAUGCUCCAAGUGUGGAAAUAGUUUUAAAAGGUUAGGGAGCCUGAAGGAGCACGAAAGGACACACACAUGGGAGACAGCUUACCAUUGCUCCCUGUGUGGAAAGAAUUUUACCAAGUUAGGGAACCUAAACAAACAUGAAAAAUUACACACAGGAAAGAAGACUUUCCAAUGCACCCAGUGUGGGAAGAGUUUUACACGAUUAGGUAAUCUGAAGGACCAUAAAAGAACACACACAAGAGAGAAACCUUUCCAAUGUUCCCAGUGUGGGAAGGGUUUUACCCAGAUAGGGAACCUGAAAAGGCAUGAGAAAAUACACACAGGAGAGAAGUCUUUCCAUUGUCCGCAGUGUGGAAAGGAUUUUACCCAGUUAGUGAACCUGAAAAGGCACGAGAGAACACACACAGUUUUAACAACGACCCCAGCAGUUGGAAACAGUUCGAAGAACAGAACAGAAAACCGCGUGAGAACAAAAAAAAUGAAGAAACAGAAACCGAACCGGGAAAGAAAGUGAUCAGUUUUGAAACAGAACCUUUAUUUUAAAAGUAAAGUAUUAAUAACGUUAUUUUACAGUAACUGUCCAGUGAAACUCUUCUUUAAAAAGUUAAUAUUCUGUUAACUCAUCGACAUAAUGUUGAGUCAUGCUAUACUCAUAUUUGUGGCCAAAGCAUAAAUUGACACUUCAAAAACACUCAAACUUGUAUCUCAAACAGACUGUUUAAAAAAAAAAUGAUUUCCUCAUAGAACACGUUACCUCCCUGCGGAGGAUGAGCUGGCCAAUCUGUUGUUGGGGUACGACCCACACUAUUCUGUUGUUGGGAUGCGAUCCACACCAUUCUGUUGUUGGGAUGCGAUCCACACCAUUCUGUU